CAAUUCAGGGUAGGUAAUUAUGCUUACAAAAUGACAUAAAAUGACUGAUGUAGAUUUAAUGGACUGUAUAACGACUAGCUAGAUAAAGUUAGCUUGCUAGAUAUGUUAGCUAGCUAGAAAUCUAGAAAUUAUUAAUUGCUUUUUGAAGUUUUGAGGAUUGCCUAAUACUAUAGAACCGAGGGGUUCGUCCAGCUUUUGCAUUGUUAGCUAGUUCAAAUCUAAAAAGAAAAUAGAGAAAUGUAAAUAACAAUGUUAUCAAAGUGAUGAAUAUGCUGGCUGGAUAGUACAAAAGUUGAAUGUUUUGGCACAAAAUGCACAACAUUAGAAGAAAAAAAGGCAUGAUGCAGGGAGUAUCAUGGUUUGGAGCUGCUUUACUACCUCAGGGCCUCUCUGAUGCUUAAAAUAGGUUGGGUGAUGCAAAUGACUGAAAGCACACAAGUAAAACAACUAACGGCUGAAAAAGAAGAAAAUGUAUGUUUUGGAAUCGCCAAGUCCUGAGCUUAACCCAAUUGAGAUGCUGUGGCAUGACCUGAAGAGGGCUAUUCAAUCAAGAAAUUCCUCCUCGUUAUAGUGCCAGUCUUAUAAGCAGCCACGGGAAAUGUGUGGUGGACGUUGAUGCUAAAGGUAGAUCUACAAGUUACUAAAUUCAAGGUCCCACUUAGUUUUUCCAGCCUGCACUAUGAAUGAUGACUGAAUCAAUACACUCAAUAAAGACCUGAAAACUAUUAAACUACUACUGUAUGUGCAUUAUUAGUUUAGUUAAAUUGUGUUUGUCUAUAAUUGUGACUUAGAUGAAGAUCAGGCCACAUUUUAUGAGUAAUCAAUGCAAAAAUCCUGGUAAUUGUAACUUGCAACUAUACUGUGUCGUAUUUAAAAUGCAGUCCAGAUUAAAAUGUGCUGAAUAAACUGUCGCUUUCCAGCAGCCAAGAUCAAUCUUCAUCUGAUACAGACUGCUGUAAAAGCACUUCUCCGCAGAAGUGGUUAGAUGUGGGUUUAGUGUGUUUUUUGAAGAUGCAUUUUUGGUAGUGACCGCACAACCACAUGGAACCUAACCAGUCUGGUGGCAGAUAAUAUUUGGGUCACAGAGCUGGUCUUGGAAAUGACAUGCAAAAAAACUAACAUCUGUUAAAAACUAACAUCUGUUGCAGUAAUUUUGACCUAAAAAAUAGCACACAUGUUGCUUUGGAUUAUGUGAGAUGUUCAGUGGGCAGGUCUUCCUCAUUUUCUGCGUUGGUUUCUAGUGAAACUUUCUGGUUUCUGUUGAUGUUCCUCUUGGUGAACAUCUGUGUGAACAUAUCUGUACUGUGAAGCAUUAAAAUGUAUAUGGGGCCAUGCAGAAUCACUGGUCUCAGUAUGGGGCUGUCACAUUGUGAUGCAGGAUACACUGCCUGAUUAUUAUUUCACCUCAGACACUCAUACUUGUCUGUGUGUGUGUACAUUUUUUUAUAUAUAUAUAUAAUAGAAUAGGACAAAGUUGGUUCCACUUGUUUUUGAGGAUGUAGCCAGUGGCUGGGGGCUGGUGAAAGUCAGGGGAUUUCCACAAUUUCUCAUUUAACAGAAGUGAGCUGUGUUUCAUGUCCACAUUCAUUUCGUUGCUUUUCCUUUAAAAAAAAUGCCUGUGUGACUAUUCACUUAGACUAAAUGCUUAAAUAGAUGAACCUCAUUCCGUCUCAUUCAGUAUGACAAAGCAAUUUGGUUAUACUGGUAGAAACUGACACUGGAAGUCUGAUGCAGUGUCUUACUCUGUAUAGUCUCACUUCAACACAAUGUGUUUUAAGAGAAAGAUAUAGUCACUGGAUUAAACAAAUUCAUAGAAUUGUCUCUUUAAAAAUUAUGUUUGCAACCGUAAAUAUGGUUGGCUAUUUGCAGUGUCAGUCUCUCUUCAUGUGACCGCCUCUUGGCUACAUUUAGUACCAGACUCUUUACUGAAAGCUAAAAUUAGCUUGCAAGAUUAGACAAAACUAGGUGAUAGAAUUCCACACUGAUAUACAGUGGUCAGUUUAGAAAACAGAAGAGAUUCUAAACACGCAUUUUGCACAGUCACCAAAACACCAUCAUGUCCUCACAAUCGUCUGUGUCUUUCUACAGUUUUCUUUACUUCCUUUCCUUUCCUAUGUUGUUGCAGCUUUGUAAAGUGGAUAGGCAACACCAAAGGUGUUGCAUCUGCAGCACCUACAGAUUCACUGCAAGCUUACAACAAGCAAAACUGUUAAACCCACUCUGUUGUGGAGCUGAAUGAUUCCACUUACGCAAAUGUUACUCAUAUUCACCAUAAGAUCAUGGCUGCUCAUUUAACUCCAAAAUAUGUACAUUCAGCUACAAUCUGAGAAAACAGAAUAUAUUAUUUAGUGGUAGUGAGUUUAUAGUGAACAAUGAUAAGUAGAAGUAAAAGGGUCACUACUAAUGGUAUUUGAAUGUAUCCUUAGCUUGUUUCAGCAUGAAUUAAAAGACAUUUAUACCACAGCACUAUCCAAUGCUUGAUUCUGACUGAUCAGAAGGUGUUGAUUCAUUUUCUAUAACAGCAGCCCUGAUAGACUGAUGGAUCUUCAAGGCAGAUCACAGGUUUGUAUUAAUACACUAUGAAAGUGAGUUACAAAUUUAAAUAAGGAACUGGUUAGUACAAUAGGCUAAGCAAAAUUUCAGUUCUAUUUCAGUAAGUGGCUCUGAGAUACGAGGUAAGCUACUUUAAAAAUCAUUGGCAUAUAUAUAUAUAUGAAUGAUGUGUAAUUUAUUGGUGUGCCUUACUUUCCUGCUUUAUUUAUAAUGUACAUAUUUUUUAUUAAGUUCAAUAAAAAGUUUUGGGGAAGAAAAAAAAGAAGAAUGGUUUCCGGUCGCUUUGUCGCUGCAAGUUGCUGUAUGUGCGAGCGUACCUUGAGAGGCUGGUGAGCGACUGUUUAUAGCAGCUAUAAUGUAGGUGUACUUAAAACACACAGAUGACGUUUUCCUCCUUGUACUAUAAAUAGUGAAACUCCUACAUCUGCCAUGCGUUUGCCAUGCACUUAUAUCAUAUAUUCGGUAAUACUGAAAGUCCUUCGCGUAAUGUUCUGCAAAGCAUGCAACACUGCUGAGUAUGAAAUUGAUGGAGAAUGCUGUCCAAUGUGUGCUCCUGGUCACCAUGUGUUAAAACACUGCGACAGUAAUUCAGGCACGAGGUGUAAAGUGUGCAUUGGAUCAACCUACACUGAUGUCUCGAAUGGUCUGAUGGCAUGUCUCAGCUGCACUGUGUGUGAUGAAGGUAAUGGAUUAAGAGUAAAGCGUAAGUGUUUAUACAAUUCAGAUGUACUCUGUGAGCCUUUGCCAGGAUAUUAUUGUAUAGAAACUCAUGGCGAGAGCUGCAGAAAAGCCAGAGAGCACUCCACCUGCCUUCCUGGACAGCACAUCUACCAGAUCGCAACAUCUUUAACGGAUACAGUAUGUAAGGAUUGCUCUGAGGAGACAUAUUCAGAUGGUUCAUUAAUGCAUUGUGAACCACUUACAAAUUGUGACUCUUUGGGGCAGAUAACAAUCAUAAAGGGAACAAAGUCGAGUGAUGCAGUGUGCAGCCAUAAACCAACUCCUUUGGGCCUCAUCAUUGGGAUUUUGUUAUCGAUAUUGUUGAUUGUCAUUUUAAGUGUUGGUUUUUUUUUAUGGAAGAAAAAGAAACCUUUAACAGGCUGUAGGAAUCAUUUUCCCUGAGAAGAAUAUAUACAUUUUGUAUAUUUGUGUAUAUAUACGGUCAUUUCAGCAUUAAGGGAAAUUUUUGAGUAUGAAAAUUUGUAAUAUAUAUAUAUAUAUAUAUUAUAUUUUUAUAUUAAUAUAUAC